AACCCUUUGCACUGCAAAGCCAAAGCUUUUCCUUUCCAUCUUUAUGAAUACAUCCUCCUCCUUGCUCUUCCACCGUUCCACCCUCUCCAGGGACUACGUCCUUUGAACAUGUCCAUCUUGUGAAAAGAAGUCGCAUUUGGAUGAGGUGGGAGGGAAGAGGGAGAAGAAGGGCCUUCUCUCCAUAGGAAAGUUUCCAUCUUUACCGCUUUCUUUGUGUUUUAUCUUUCUCUAUGGCUCCAAGCUAUGACUAUGCCUCUUCUGUCCUCCUCUGCGUCGAGGACAACAGUUGCAUCCUGGGCUUCGAUGACGACGGCUUCGGCGCAGAGGAGGAUAAUCAGAUUAUUUGUCUUUCUGAAGCACAAAGGUGCCGUUUUAACGGAGAUCCCUUCAUCAUUUUGCCGCCGCAAUCGGAUGAUUACUUGGGUGUUUUGAUUCAGAGGGAGUCAGAGUAUAUGCCGAGGGAAGACUACGGUGUGAGGUUAAGGUCUGAGGCAUUGGACUCCUCCAUUCGCAGAGAUGCAGUGGAUUGGAUUAUGAAGGUCCAUGACCAUUAUAAUUUUGGGCCUUCGAGUGCCUACUUAUCUGUGAAUUACUUGGAUCGGUUUCUCUCCAACUAUGAGCUUCCUAAAGAUAAGGCUUGGAUGACACAGCUCCUAUCUGUAGCCUGCUUAUCCUUGGCAGCCAAAAUGGAGGAAACUGAAGUUCCCUUGUCAUUGGAUUUGCAGGUGGCCAAGGUUGGUGAAGCCAAAUAUGUGUUUGAGGCUAGAACUAUUCAGAGAAUGGAGCUUCUGGUUUUGAGUACCCUUAAAUGGAGGAUGCAAGCUGUAACUCCUUUCUCUUUUAUUGAUUUCUUCCUUCACAAAUUUAGUGGUGUAAGUGUGCUAGAUAAAGUGGCUGUCUCUCGAUCGAUUGCACUCAUAUUGACUAUUAUUAGAGGAACUGAUUUCUUAGCAUUCAGAUCUUCUGAAAUUGCUUCAGCUAUUUCGCUGCUAGUUCUAGAAACUGUGGAUAUUGAGAAAGCAGUGGCUGGUUGCAGCUAUGUUUCUAAGGAGAAGGUCAUUAGAUGCUAUGGAAUGAUUAAGGAUGUGGAAUCGAUGAGUAUUAGCCAGCUUAAAUAUGACAAUAUCUCAUUUUUCUAUACGCCACAAAGCCCGAUCAAUGUUCUUGAUGCUGCAUGCUUGAGCUAUAAUAGUGAUGAAACGAAUGGUGAGUCACAGAGAAGCAAUCAUAAUUCUUCUGGUAGUAAGAGAAGGAAAAUAAGCAGGACCUGAAGGAAGCUCGCAACCAGUUACUCUCGGAGUAGUUUAGUUUCACAUUUUUGGUUGGAGGUUUACACUGGCAAUGACCCUGUAGAACAUCCCAAACAAAAGGAUAGAAGCCUUUGCAACCAGUUAAUCCAAAUUCAUGUGCUCUCGAACAAGUAGAUGUCAUCGACCAAAUUGAUCAUCGAAUGAGAACUUAGAGGACUUGGUUUGCUUAUAAAUCUAUUAACAUGAGUACAUGAAGUUAGACUACAGUAAUUGUGAUCUUGCAGUUCUUGUUUAUGUCAACCAUCAUUUUGUUAACCCUUUUUGGCUGUAGACUCUGGAGUAGGUCAAAAUCUCUCAAUCAGACGCAAAAUCAAUAUCUAGUGGGCAGAAAUCAGAAGCUUUUUUACUCUUGAUUUUUUUUUUUUUGUAAGAAAAGGAGCAGUUCCAAAGGAUGGUGGAAGCAAUCUCUCAUCUUCUUUUGAUUCUGCUAUCUUUUCUUUUCCUUUCGGCCUCAUCCUCUCAAAGUAUACUGCAUGUAUUUCCUAAGAUCCACUGUGUUGUAACUUGAACUUAUUUCAAUUGUAAUUCAUGAUGCUGAAACGGAUUUUGCUGUGA